AUGUCGACCUCAGCAAUCUCUGUACCUUCAACCAGCGCGACGGUGGAAACCACUCCACUCCUCACCGUCGCUCGACACCGCUACAGCGUCCAUUCCGUCGCCGAGUCCACCUCAACCGAAUACACCCCCGAAUCAGACAUGGUAGACAUCACAAAAGACCGGUACGAUCUCUCCACGUUCCGCGGUCGUCUCAUGCAUUUUGCCACUGUCACUUCCCCCCUCACCCUUCUCGCAUCCAAUGCCGAGCUUAAAGCGGCACAAGAACACGUCACAACCAUCGAAUCCAAGUUGCCUUCGAACCGAACUACAGGCGAAUACUACGUUACUCGACAAGAAGCACAGAAGUACUGGAAAGCCAAACAACUCGUCGAUUCUUCUGUACACCCAGACACGGGAGAAGUGAUCUUGCUUCCAUUUAGAAUGGCUGCGUUUGUUCCAACGAAUCUGUUAGUGGUGGGGGGAAUGUUGAUGCCGAAUCCAACCUUGGCGAGUAUUGUUUUCUGGCAAUGGGUCAAUCAAUCGCUUAAUGUAGCGGUGAAUUAUUCCAAUGCGAAUAAAAGUGUUCCGAUGAACAUGAAGGAAGUUGGUCUUGCCUAUGCUGCAGCUACCACCAGCGCGGUGGGUAUCGCGGUGGGAAUGAGUAGAGGUGUACCCAAACUUAAAGUCAGCCCGGGGGUCAAAGGUGUCCUUACUGGCCUAGUACCCUUCGUAAGCGUAGCAAGUGCAGGAAUUGUGAAUAUCAGCUGUAUGAGAUGGAAAGAGAUCAAAGAUGGGGUUGGCGUAUUCAUUCGUGAUGCCGAUGAGAACAGACAUCAAAUUGGCGAAUCCAGCAAUGCAGGGCAAAGAGCAGUGGCCAUGACUGCUGCUUCUCGUGUGUUGACUAACAUCCCCACACUGAUUCUGCCGCCGUUGGCGCUGAGGUUUUUGCAGAGGACGAAAGUUAUUCCGGUGUCGGGACCGUUGACGAGAGCAGUGGAUCUAGCAAUGAUCGGGACGAGUUUGUUGGUCUUCCUUCCGCCAGCAAUUGCUACUUUCCCUCAAGUAGCGAAGAUCGAUCCGAAGCAGUUGGAGACGAAGUUCCAUAAUUUGACGGACCCGGAGGGUAGGCCGAUUACUCAGGUCGAGUUCAAUAAAGGUCUGUAG